AGUGUGAGGGAGGCGGCUGGAGGUGUGGGUCCUCAUCCAGCAACACUCCCGGUGUGUCUCAUGGCGAGGACGCUCUUCACUCACUAACCAUGACUGAUAAAACGACCAAGAGGACAAUGAAAGUCCUCCUCAAGGAAUUUAAAGCUGACAAAGUUAAGAAUGCUAACGUCAUUGUGGAUAUAUUUGGCCGUCUGGAGAGCAAUGAAGCGGGGACAGUCACAUCUGCCAUAACUGGGAUACAUCAUAUCUUUACUUACUUGUUUAAUGAAGAAGACAUUAAACUUCCACCUAAAGGUUCUGGUGUAACACAGACGGCAAAUGACAAAUUUAACCUGUGGCUGUAUGGAAGGUAUGAGGAGACAUAUAAGAAAAUACUCAGUCUUCUCGGACACGAAGAACGAUCAGUGCGGGAACUGUCACUCUGCUCGUUGGUCAAAUUAAUACAGUCAGAGGGACGGCACCCAGUGAAGAAGAGACCCAAUGCUACCUACCACUUCCCUCAGCACAGACUACAGUUGUUGUUGAUGAAGCUGGUGUCAGACAAAGUGGAUCACCGGCACCUCAUCACUCUACUGUUGGAGUACAUGGAGUGCCAAGACUUCAUGUUCUACACUCUCUUGGUCUUAAGUACUAUUGUGAAAAUUCAGAAAGAUAAAGAGAUCACAGAGAAGUUCAUGACUAAUCUGUUCCUCCUGCUGGAGCAUAUAAACAUCCCGAUGGAAGAUGCUGUGAGUCUUGAUCGACCCAAACUCCUUUUUGAGGCUGAUGAUGUUGAGAGACUGGAAGAGCGACCUAUGUUCACCAUCCCAUAUGAUAAAGCUAAGAAAGCCCUCAACAACAUCUGGUCAGAGGUGCUCAAGUACUCUCUCACACCAGACCUGUAUCGUCGUUCUCUUGUCCUCAUCCCUGAGAAGGUUAUGCACCACCUUGACAAGCCUCUUAUCCUCACUGACUUCUUCAUGGAGUCUUAUAACCUUGGUGGAGCCAUCAGUCUCUUGGCCCUUCAAGGAGUAUUCAUCUUGGUGCACAAACAUAACUUGGAGUAUCCGGACUUCUACACGAAGCUGUACACCCUGCUGGACCCAACUGUGUUUCAUGCCAAGUAUAAAGCGAGGUUCUUCAUGCUUUGUGACCGCUUCCUUGCUUCCUCUUAUCUCCCUGAGUACAUCGUUGCUGCUUUUGUCAAGCGUCUGGCACGACUCUCUCUGGUGGCACCAACACCAUCUCUUGUCUUGAUUCUCAAGUUUAUUGCCAACCUUCUCAUCAGAUACCCAGGACUAAAGAAGCUCAUUCAUAAGCCCAAUGUAAAAGCCAUGGAAUCUGACCCCUAUGACAUGGAGGAACCUGACCCUGCCAAGUGCCGAGCCUCUGAGAGCAGCCUGUGGGAGGUGGCCACCCUGCAAUGCCAUGUCCUGCCUUAUGUCUCUAAAGCUGCUGGGUUUUUGAAUAAGAGUUUACCUUCAGUGGAAUACAACAUUUCAGAAUUUGUUGAAACAACUUAUGAUGAGGUGUUUGAGCGAGCGUGUAAAGUUACGGUACACGAAAAUGUGGCAACGACCUUCCAUAAACCCCAAGGACUGUUCAACUACCACAAUGACCAGAUGUCUCAGUCUUGGAGUGUGGUGUGACUGUGUCUUGUUGUUACUCAUGAAUAGCUUUAUAUUGUAUAUGAAUUUACAGAUUUUUUUAAUAAUAAAAUUUAUAAAAAUGC